AUGGAAGACAACUUCACUCACCACGCUCCUGUGGUGUCUCGUCGGUCAUCAGGCCAACAGCAGAAGCCUCUUCGACACCCUGCCGAGCCAAGAUACACUUCUCUUCCACCCCUUCGACCUAGAAAUUUCACACCGCGUCACUAUUCUAUCUCACAGGGUAGUUCAUCGCGUGAGCGCGGUGCAGAGGCCGAGUAUCCUCUACAUCGCACCAACUACAUCCAGCCAUCGCCAGCUUCUCAGUCAGGCUCUGAGGGGUUCAAUAGCUCUUUGGCAGCUUAUCAGCAAAUUCCAAGAACUCCGUUCCCUGAACCUCCAGCCAUGGCUUCUUCACUCGGUCCGAUUCAGUCGCAAUCGCACUUUCCGUCAGCUAUCGAUCACGAUAGGCAUAGCAUUCUGGGACCACACCCUCCUCCCAAUACUCAAUGCACAGCUGGCCGGAACGCAUCUUCUCUACCAUCAACCGAGUUCUCUAGAAGCUAUCGAGAGAAUCCUUCGGAAUAUCGUUUCCAGAAGGCUUCUACCGUGUCGAGUCUACACGCUACAGCCGAACCCAGGGCAACAUCCCAGGCUGCCGACAGCCUGUUCGUCGAUCAAGGUGGUUUGCAUCGCAGUAACCCACUGCUUGAUGACCCGACUGCACACCUUCACGCACCUUCUUCACCUUUGAGAAUUCCGUCGCCUGCCAACGGCGACCAUAUUGGACACCUGAGAUUUCUAGAUAAGCUGCAGAGUCGGGCUUUCAAAAGUGGCUUCUUCCCUGACACCGAAGAACGCGAGAGCCGUGGAAGUACCUCCAAAAAGCCUACAACUACGGCUGCCUCAGCCGACGGCCUCCAGGAGGGGAUUGCAGCAAUCAGAGUUUCUGGCUUCAUUCUUGAAGAUGAAGACGAAGAAUUCCAAACUUCUUCCAGCACGGGUAGACAGAAAAAUACACAAAUAGCAGCUAGCAAGGCCAAGACUACUUCCCGGCCUCGCACAUCAUCGUUAUCCUCGACUCUAGUCGGUCAUGAUAUCGAAUCUCAAGGCCUUCCCAAGAAACAAUUAAAGAAUACUGAUGCAACACGCCUGGAUUUGGACACCACCCACAACACCGGCAAAAAGGAAGAUGUGGCUACCGCAAAAAAACCGACUGUACCAAAAAGCUUCAGUCUGCUAUCCAACAUGAUGGCCAAGGCGCCCAAGCCUUCCAUCAGAAUUGUUACCGUUCCGAAGCAUGAAAACGAUUUGAAAAGGAACACUCAGUCGACGACAACGAAGGGGUCGAAGCGCAUCCGGGAUGAUCUUGCACCUGACCAGUCGUUUCCGGCUCCAGCCACCAAGAAGCAGAGAGUGGAAACCCCUGCGAAGACCUCAUCAACCGCAAAGGCGUCUUUUGCUACACGGGGUCGGUCUCUCCGCACAACACCAAGCCAGAAGCCGAAAGUGUUGAAUCAGCGUAGAAUGGACCCCGACACGUUGGGCUUGGUGGCCAUCAAGACUUUGCCAGGCCCUUUGUACGAACCCGAACAACCCCUUCCUGGGUUCGCCAAUAGCAAGUACGAAGGUGGAUACGGCAGUGACGACUCUUUUGCUUCUCUUAGCAAGAAUGCUCCGACUGGCUUAACAACGGGUAGGCCUAGAAGCCAUACACUCCCCAACUCCAAGACAGGAGGUACACCCAACUAUGCUAAAUCACCGACGUCAAACUUGCUCCGUUCUAUAAGAAGCGACUCUGGUGCCCGUGAUCCUGCCCCAACCCAACCUAGCACUGAACGUAGUAGAAACAACCACUCGAUAACUGAUCGCAAUUGUCCCAUAUCAAAGGGUGAAGGAAUGGAUCGCCAUCGCCAGAAGGACCGGCAGACAUGUAGCUCCCACACGCAUAGUCGUAUAGGACGAGCACAAGUGCAACCGGGAAACAAUCCCCACACAUCCGAAAGACAGCUUGUCGAGAGACUUCGAUCUCCCGGUGGUUGGCAUACGCCUGUCUCCAAGAGAAGCGCCUCGUCUAUUCUCAGCCCGAAGUCAAUUGAGGAUCAGGAGACAGAGAAGAAGCGCAGACGAAACCAAACGGCGCCGCCUCGCACUGAAGUGAACAAGCAUGAAGUGACUCGGGGUUCUGAACGGGUGAUGUCGUCUCACGGAAACCACGUUCGGCCUCGGUCGGCAGUGCUCGAACAUAUCAUCACCAUCGCGAACAGAUCGGGCGACAUGUCUGUGGCUAACACUAGCGACGCAAAAACGCGAGUUGCAGAUGAGAGGCAAACCCCUGAGGCAUAUGCCGAAAGCGUGGAGGAUCACGUCAAGAUCCUACACCGAGAAAUGGGACCUAUGAAGAAGCAGAGAAUGAAAGGAUUGGCCAAAUUGGGCACACAGAGGAAGAUGAAGAAAGAGCAUCAUGACGAUUCUUCAGCUCUUUCGGACGCCACAGCCCCGAGCAAGCGAGCAAGCUUUCUUCCAAAGUUGUGA